UAGGAUUAGUGUAUACAGCAUGUUUCGAAGGCCCCAUGCUGUAUCCCACUGGCCGCCAGUGUCAAAGGCAUGAAUGCCUUUUGCUGAGGCAGGGUAAGCCUCUCAGUAACUAUAUUUUUUCUUUUUAAAGAAAGAAUCCCAGCAAGGCCGAUGGAAGUACCCUAAGGGUCUCCAAGCCAUCGUGGCCUGUCCUGGAGCUGUCCCUGGCUCUCUCGCUCCCCUUGCUGGCUCGCUCUCUGGCUGGCAUGGUGCUGCCCCUUGACCGUGGGCUCAGGGGCCUCCAGCCAAAGCUGCUGACUCUGACCACGGCCUUUCUCUGGGCUGUGUUCAUUUGCAUCGCGCUGCUGAGGGUGGAGGAGCUAUAUAGGCUCCGGCCCAUUCACGGGAGGAUUAGGCCUGGACUGAGGGCGCAGGGGGAGAGAGGCCGCAGUGAAGGCCCAGCUCCUCUCCCUGAGCGGUCACCAUGCCCUACCUGCUGCCAGGAUUCUUCUGUGACCGCGUGAUCAGGGAGCGGGACAGGAGAAAUGGAGAGGGCACCGUCACACAGCCCCUCAAGUUUGAGGGGCAGGAUUUUGUUGUUCUCAGACGACGGUGCCUAGCUCAGAAGUGCCUCUUUGAAGACCGUGUGUUCCCAGCAGGUGUUCAGGCCCUGGGCUCCCAUGAGCUGAGCCAGAAAACCAAGAUGAAGGCCAUCACAUGGAAAAGGCCGAAGGAAAUUUGUGAGAAUCCCCGAUUUAUCAUCGGUGGAGCCAACAGAACGGACAUCUGUCAAGGAGAUCUAGGGGACUGCUGGUUUCUCGCAGCCAUUGCUUGCCUGACCCUGAACGAGCGCCUGCUUUUCCGAGUCAUACCCCACGAUCAGAGUUUCACCGAAAACUACGCGGGGAUCUUCCACUUCCAGUUCUGGCGCUAUGGAGACUGGGUGGAUGUGGUUAUUGAUGACUGCCUGCCGACUUACAACAAUCAACUGGUUUUCACCAAAUCCAACCACCGCAAUGAAUUCUGGAGUGCUCUGCUGGAGAAGGCUUAUGCUAAGCUCCAUGGUUCCUACGAGGCUCUGAAAGGCGGGAACACUACUGAGGCCAUGGAGGACUUCACAGGAGGGGUGACCGAGUUUUUUGAGAUCAAGGAUGCUCCCAGAGACAUGUACAAGAUCAUGAAGAAAGCCAUCGAGAGAGGCUCCCUCAUGGGCUGCUCCAUUGAUGAUGGCACAAACAUGACCUAUGGAACCUCACCUUCUGGACUGAAAAUGGGGGAGUUGAUUGCGCGGAUGGUGAGGAAUAUGGAUAACUCGCAGCUCAGGGACUCAGACCUCGUCCCCAGAGGCUCAGAUGACAGACCGACCCGGACAAUUGUUCCGGUUCAGUAUGAAACAAGAAUGGCUUGCGGGCUAGUCAAGGGCCAUGCCUACUCUGUCACUGGGCUGGAGGAGGCCCUGUUCAAGGGAGAGAAAGUGAAGCUGGUGCGGCUGCGGAACCCCUGGGGCCAGGUGGAGUGGAACGGCUCCUGGAGUGAUGGUUGGAAGGACUGGAGCUUUGUGGACAAAGCUGAGAAGGCUCGUCUGCAGCACCAGGUCACUGAGGAUGGAGAGUUCUGGAUGUCAUAUGACGAUUUCAUCUACCAUUUCACAAAACUGGAGAUCUGCAACCUCACGGCCGAUGCCCUGGAGUCCGACAAGCUGCAGACGUGGACAGUGUCCGUGAAUGAGGGCCGCUGGGUGAGGGGCUGCUCUGCCGGAGGCUGCCGCAACUUCCCAGACACUUUCUGGACCAACCCCCAGUACCGUCUGAAGCUCCUGGAGGAGGACGAUGACCCCGACGACUCUGAGGUGAUCUGCAGCUUCCUGGUGGCCCUGAUGCAGAAGAACCGGCGGAAGGACCGGAAGCUGGGGGCCAACCUGUUCACCAUUGGCUUUGCCAUCUACGAGGUUCCCAAAGAGAUGCAUGGGAACAAACAGCACCUGCAGAAGGACUUCUUCCUGUACAAUGCUUCCAAGGCCAGGAGCAAAACCUACAUCAAUAUGCGAGAGGUGUCCGAGCGCUUCCGCCUGCCUCCCAGCGAGUACGUCAUUGUACCCUCCACCUAUGAGCCCCACCAGGAGGGAGAAUUCAUCCUCCGGGUCUUCUCCGAAAAGAGGAACCUCUCUGAGGAAGUUGAAAAUACAAUCUCCGUGGAUCGGCCAGUGCCACGGCCUGGCAACACUGACCAAGAGAGUGAGGAGCAGUUGCAGUUCCGGAACAUUUUUAGGCAGAUAGCAGGCGAUGACAUGGAGGUCUGUGCAGAUGAGCUCAAGAAUAUCCUUAACACGGUUGUGAACAAACAUAAGGACCUGAAGACACAAGGGUUCACGCUGGAGUCCUGCCGUAGCAUGAUCGCCCUCAUGGAUACAGAUGGCUCUGGCAGGCUGAACUUGCAAGAGUUCCAUCACCUCUGGAAGAAGAUUAAAGCCUGGCAGAGAAUUUUCAAACACUAUGACACAGACCAAUCUGGUACCAUCAACAGCUAUGAGAUGCGAAAUGCAGUCAAUGACGCAGGUUUUCACCUCAACAGCCAGCUCUACGACAUCAUUACCAUGCGCUACGCAGACAAACACAUGAACAUCGACUUCGACAGCUUCAUCUGCUGCUUCGUCAGGCUGGAGGGCAUGUUCAGAGCUUUUAAUGCAUUUGACAAGGAUGGAGACGGUAUCAUCAAACUCAACGUUCUCGAGUGGCUGCAGCUCACCAUGUAUGCCUGAACCAAGCUGGCCUCAUCCAAGGCCAUAGAGAUCACUCAGGAUUUCCAUUUCAUCCAAUAUAGCUAGAGCCACUUACCUCAAAGGACACUGUAGCUGCGCCCCGCCCGGCCCCCCAGCAAGCCUCCAGGCACCUCAUCGGUCUCGUUCCUCCUCUGCUUCACUCCCCACUCGGCCUCAGGGCAUCUGUCCAUCUGUCACACCCACACUGACCCUUCAGUUAAGAAAUGAGAGAGAAUAAUUUUGUCCUUUCGCCACAUGGAGCCACGUGUCUGUCUGCCUCAGCAAGUUGUAGUCCAGCUGAGCGGUUUGCUCAGGAUCUGAGCGGCCUCAGCUCUGAAGUAAAUGCUCUCCUUAGCUUGCCCUAGGCUGUUCACAGAAGCGUUUGCCAAUGGCACCCAGCACUUCCUGUGUUAGUGUCCUCCGUCGCCUUCGUGUCACCCAUGGGACGGUAACCAAACUAGCACUUGGUUCUCAUUGUUUCAGGAUGGGCCUGCUCUGGGAUAAACUAGCUCAGUGGAAGAGGGCUGGAUACUGACUCAUAAGUUUGGCUGCAUUCUGAAAAAGAGUUGAUCUAAAUAAAGGCAUGUGUAUGGCUGGUU